AUGACAACUGAAAAGCCAAAUGCUACCACUAUGGAUCUUGUCGAAUAUGGGUCAAAAGAGGCCCCACCGCCUGAGAUCAAUUAUGCCGUCGAGAAACAGUUGGUCAGCAAGAUUGACCGAGUUAUCGUUCCUCUGGUGAUGGUGACGUAUCUCCUAUGUUUCCUCGACAGAACCAACAUUGGCAACGCUAGACUCUACGGACUCGAAAGGGACCUGCACCUAUAUGGAACACAGUAUCAAACAGCAGUUGCCCUACUUUUCGUCACAUAUGUCCUGGUCGAGAUUCCCAGUAACCUCUUGUUGAAGUAUUUCACUCCGUCCAGAUAUAUCGCCGUCCUGACCAUUACUUGGGGCAUCAUUUCUACAUUGACUGGAGUCGUUCAAAACUAUGGAGGUCUCAUUGCCUGCCGCCUUCUCCUUGGCUUGGUGGAAGGUGGUUUAUUCCCUGGAUUGACGAUAUACCUUACCAUGUUCUACACUAAGGCUGAGCUUGCACUUCGCAUUGGCUACCUCUUUGUCAGCUCUGCUAUCGCUGGAGCUUGCGGAGGAUUACUUGCCUACGGAAUCGGCUAUAUGGACGGUCUUGCCGGGCAAUCUGGCUGGCGCUGGGUUUUCAUCAUUGAAGGCAUCCCAACCGUGCUUUUUGGGUUCGCCAUCUUUUUCCUCCUUCCAGACAGCCCAGCCACUGCAUGGUGCCUCGACGAGGAAGAAAGGCAGCUCCUCAUUGCCAGACUGCGACGUCAACCGGGUUUCCAUGAGGAGCUCGAUCGAAAGGACUCUCUCCUUGCAUUCAAAGACUGGAAAGUCUGGGGAUUUGCAGCUGGUCAGUUUGGCGUCAAUGCUAUGCUGUACAGCUAUUCGAUCUUCCUUCCAACCAUUAUAAAAGGUCUUGGAAAGUGGUCCACUACACAAGCUCAAGCCUUGACUGUCCCGGUUUACGUUUGUGGCGCGAUCUGUUACCUCCUCGUGGCACGACUGUCCGACGCUCACCAACUUCGUGGCCCUUACCAGAUUGCAGCAGCCUCGACUAGUAUUGUCGGCUAUGGAUUGCUCAUUGCUCGGGUCGGCCCCGCGGUCCACUACUUUGCUACCUUUGUUAUCUCACUGGGCUUGUUCGUGGCUGUCGGUAUCCCACUGGCAUGGCUUCCUUCGAACAACCCCAGAUAUGGUAAACGAACCACGGCGUCUGCCAUUCAAAUUUCUGUGUGUAAUUGCUCCGGGAUUUUAGCACCAUUUCUCUAUCCCACCAAAGACGCACCGCACUACACUAUGGGCUUCGCUGUCAACAUCGCUUUGCUGGCUUCUGGCAUUUUCUUUUACGGGUUCAUGACGCUUUAUCUCGGUUUUAUCAACAAGCGACGCAGAGAAGGGAAGGAAGACUACAAGAUCGUUGGAAUGGGUGACGCUGAAAUCGACGCUCUUGGUGAUAGAAGCCCGAGAUUCAUGUACACGAUCUAG